AUGUUCUGCCGACAGUACGUGCAAUCCAAAAGGCUUGGCAAUGGAGAAGCUUCGGCCAUCGAUGACGAAACCGUCCAGAUCGAGGACGGUGAUCCCACGGCCUUCAGUGGACCCUUUUCUGCCAUGAGCUCGAGGUUGCCAUCCAGCAGCUCUGUCACAGCUGAGCAGAGCGCUGCUUCAAAGGACAUCAAGAAAGGCUCCACAGCACGGAUGAUCCAGGCAUUUGAGGCGCACAACAAGAAGGAUCGUGGCCAUGGACGUGCUGCCAUGCCUUGGGGCGGUGUCGGAGUGGGCAUCCCGCACACGUCCCUGGCCGAUGCACACCUCUUGGACGGAACGUUGAGAUCUGCAGCAGGUGCGGGGAGCUGGGUCGCGACCGGGAGCUGGGCCGAAGGCUACUUGGCCAGGCUAGGGGAUUUUGAUGGAUUGCCAGGAGGCUACUGGGACAAUGCAGGAUACACCUAUGGGUAUGACGGUGUGGGUUCAACUACGGAUGGUGAUGGAAGCACUGAUGAGCAAGCAACCGAUGAGGAGACGAUCGACCACACCUUGGUGAAUCUCAAGCAGCCUCGUGGCUGUCGUCCUCCUUUGACCGCGGCCUGUUGUUGUCAUGUUUGCUACGUUUGCCAGUUCUUGAUCUUCAUGGUGGUAUUCCCAUUGUGGACCAAGUGGCUGGUGACGAACCCCAUGCCAACACAGUAUUGGCAUGAACAGUACCCCAAGUGGCCCUCCAUCGCAGCUGUUGGUGGACAGAAACUGGCAGAGGAUUCGCCAGUGCCCUAUCCCAUUGAGAUGUCCCCCAUUCCGAUGCAGUCAGACAGUUGCAACUUCUCUUGCUCCUCCUGGCGUGGGUAUCGUACCAACGAGAUGAAUUUCAGGGUGAGCUUGACUCUGAAUGACUCCAUCCUGGCAAAAGGCUACGUCCACACGGUGUACCCCGUGUUGCUGGCCUCGGCGGACUUCAACGACUGGUGGGUGGUGGCGGAUCGGCGCCACGCCUAUCCGCAGCCCUUCUGGAGGGCAAGGACAUCAAAGGCCGGGCAUGCCUACACCUACACCACGGACACCUGCAUCGUGCCUCCUGCCACACCCAACUCUAUUAGUGAGACCACCUCGGGCCAAUAUGUCCUGGCCUGCGUGGUGUGGAAUCCUUCCAGCUUUGCGGAAUUGGAGCAAAUGACUGAGUUGGAAGAUUCAGACCUUGGUUCUCACUGUGCUACUGCAGGUGGUGUUUGCGGAUGGACUUGUGACUCGGUGAUCAACUCCGACCUGCUCGAGGGUUGCACCGCGGACAGCACCAUUGAGAUGACCAAGACCUCCAUUGCCGGCAGGGAGAUUCCCUCUGCCAACUUCCAAGGGUCCAUUGAGAUGAGGGAGUGCUUGAACGGCGGUUUGGAUGGAAAAUGUGACACGGCCACCGAAAAGUUCAAGCAGUGGAAUUGUCACAAGUGUUUGUAUGACCCCCGCACCGAAGAUGACAUGAGGCGCAGGCUGCAGAUUCCUGGCAUGGGAGGCUUGCCAUCGGGAUUGCCAGGCUUGGAUCCAGAUCCAGAUGCUCCUGCGGGCAUUCCAGGCAUUGGGAGCAUACCAGGUCUUGGUCCCGACACCAGUGGCAGCGCUGCGGCUGGCAAGGGCCCUAUGAUCUACACAUCUCUUCCCCGCUUCCAUGUCACAGUCAGUGCCUCCAGCGCUCCGUCGGGAACCGAUGUCUUCAGCCAGCCACGCGUCUUCAUCUUCCAAUCCUCCCGGGAGAGUCGGGGCAAAUGGACCAAGCUCUACAAGCACAACUAUGGCAUGACCCAACCUCCAGAGGCAGUUGGUAAGGACAACAAACCAUUGGUCAAGGAGGAUCCCGACUCCUAUGAUGAGGAGUUGGCCCCCGUCACUGAUGCUGCUUCAGCUCAUGCCAUGAAUCUCAAUCAGCAGAACCGCUUGGAGAUUGACCCUGGCUGGUGCUAUGGCCGUCAGGGUCCUCUCUACCUGGUGGCUUGUGCUGUGAACAGCACCCUCUAUGAGGGAUCCUUCAGCCGCUUCAAACCUGGUCAACAGGCAGCGCCACCACCCUUCAAUGAUCGAUGCGUGGCCGUCUCUGGGAGAUGUGCUUUUGCAUGUCAGUCAGAGCAGUACCCAAUGGCAAAUUGCACUGAAGAUGGCUACAUCAACCAGACUUCUUUGGUCGGCUAUGUGGGCUAUGAGAAGAACCAGACUGCGCCGGUGUGGCUCUUUUGCUAUGUCUUGCUGAUCGGUUUCGGUGUCAAAGCUGUCAUGCUUUGUCCAGGAGUGUUCUCUCCGUACCCUCACUUCCGAAGAUAUGAUCCUGAGCUCACGGCAAACCUACGCUACAUCACAGUUUGUAUCCCCAGUGCGGGAGAGAACAAGUGUGUGGUGCUGAGAAACGUGGUGGGAGCCAUUGGUUGCAUGCCAAAGGAUUGCCGUUGCCGCUAUCAUGUGACCUUCGUUGAUGAGGGUCACCGAAACGAGCAGAAGAUGAUGUUCAUGAAGCUGGCAGCCGUCAUUGAUCGCAUCCCAAAUUUUGGUGGUGUGACUUAUGAGGAGAACGUCAGCAAGUUUUUCCAAACAUGGGUAGAGGAGACGAAGAAGAUGGAUUUGGCCAAAGUGAAAGACGGGGCUAAGGGCGAGGAUGUGGAGCCACAAUACAUGUUCAGAAUGUGUGGCAAGAGCUCCUUGAAGAAACUCCGCACGGAAGGCGGCUGGGGCUCCAUGUCUCCCGCCUCCCUUGAGCCUUUGGAGCAGGCCCUGACGGUGUUGGAGGAGGAUCUGAAGAGCAAAAAGGAGGAGAAGAAGGACAUGCACCGUGAUGACGUGGCUGAUUGGGAGCCCAAAGAUCGAAACAGCUUGGCCCUGCGAAUGCACUACCUGGCCCGAGCCAAACCCAUUGAAGAUGAGAGAACCAUCAAGGCCCAGCAUGUUGCGCCAGGAACUUGGUACUACAAGGUCCCAGUGAAUGCGGAGAACAAGGAUUGGCUGAAACUUCGCUCAAAUGCUAAGGAGAUGGUGUACGGCAUGGAGGAUGAUGACGCCUUCAUGAACAACGUUCCUCUCAGAACCAGUCGCGGCAAAGCAGGAGGAUUGAAUUUCUCCGAGAACUAUUUGUGCUUGUACGCCGACAGGCCUGAGAACAUGUACAAUGAUGAGCGGGACAACUACCCUUGCCUCUACAGCAUUUGCGAUGCUCGUCAUCAGUUCCAGACCGAUUUCUUCCACACCACAAUCCCCUACUUCUUUGACGAUGACAUGGAGCUGAACCCUUAUGUUGGCUUCACUCAGUGCCCGCAGUUCUUCCACGAGAUGCAGGACAAGUUGGAUUACCUGGAUAACAACAACGCCCAAUUCUUCCGCUUGAAUUGCAUGAUUCGAAAUUGCUGCGGAGGUGUGAGUUCUUGUGGAACAAAUGGCACAUGGAUGAUUCGUCACCCUCCUGGAGAUUUGGUGUGGGAGAAAGAGAGGAGGCGCGUCCGUGACGUGGAGAGCAAGCGCAAGAGUCAGGAGUAUGUCGAACGCAGAACAUUCCAUGAGAGCUGCAAGGUGGAAGACACUGCCAGUAGUCUUCAGCAAGUCCUUCGAGGCAGGCGAUCCCAAUUCAUCAAUCGCCGUUUGUCCUUCGGCAUGGCCAAGAAUCCUGUGGAUUACUUGGCUGCCGUGCAGCGAUGGGCUGAGGGAGGUGUGGUGUUGUCCUUGCAGACCUUCUUCAGCUGCCACAAAGGUGUCUACAUGGUAUGGUUCACCCUGAUCUUCUUCUUUUGCUUCCUAGCCUCGCUCUUCCGGAUGAUCGGCAAGACGGACACCCAGUGGGCUGUGGUGAAGUGGGGCCUGGUCGAUCAGGAAUGGUAUGAUCAAACCAUUAAUCCCGUGGUGGAGAAGUUAAAGAGCUUCGCAUUGGUGGCCAGAAGUGAGUACUUCAAGCAAAAUCCCGAACUUUUGGAGACCUACCUGACAAUGACGCUCCAAUUCAUCAGCUGGGUGUUGUCCUUGAUUUUCGUCCUGCUGCUGGUUUUCCUCUUCACGGAGUUGUUGAAGUUGGUCCAGAGAGUUUGUGGUGUGAAGUUACCAUGCAUAUGGCCAGACGAGAUGCGAUGGUGGGGCCGCUUGUUGAUCUCCAUGGAUAACUUGACCUACUUCUUGUGGUUUUGGACCGCUUUCUUUUGGAUUGGUUUCAACUACUACAGUAUCUUCGCGAAGCGGACUUACCACUUCUCAUCCACAGGAAUGUUUUCCUUCAUGCUGAUUGUGCAGAUCUUGAGCUGGGGCAUGAUCAUUGCGUCAUCCUUGCGCUACACACUAUCAACCAGUAUGGAGGCCAACGAAGUGAUUGGGCUGUCCAUGGAUAACAUUUGGCGAUCGACUCAGCUUUUCUACAUCUCUGCGCCUUUGCUUCUCUACUCCAUCAUCAAAGGAAUCCAAGAUUACAUGCGCUACCAGAUGUAUGGUGAGGACAUCAGCUAUUGGGUAGGUGGUGAUCGUGGUGUGAUGUCCAAGAACUUGGUGAAGUAUUGGACUCUCCUUUUGAUCAUGGGUGCCAUUGGCGCAUGGCUGUACUACCUGAUCGAGGGCAGGAAGCACAUGGGAGUCUUGUCCGCUGUGAUCAUUGUGACUUUGAUUGCCCUUGAUGUGCUCCAUCCAUGCACCUACUUGUGGGUGGAGAAGACCAAGCUGAAACCAGCGCAGGCGGCCAAGCUCACUUGGAGCCAAGCCCUGGUGACGCGCGGAUGGUGGGAAUUGAUGUUGAGCAAUUUGAUCCUGAACGAGACCGUGACGGGCCUCAUGAAGUGGCUUGGGCCUGCCUGGUUUGUGCUGAUGCCCUUUCUGACGCUCUUCAUGCCCUACAUCGGAGUGAACCAGGACGCUAGUCCAUUCUGCAUCCCUUUGCAGAUCCUGACGUCAGCAGCAAUGUUGAUCCAAUGCCACUUGUUGGGCUGUUUGUGCCCUGAAGCACCCAUCAAGCCAUAUUUGGCGCCUGAUAUGCGCGACGGAGAUCACAGAACUGAGCAAUGCAGCAUAGACGGGCGCGUGUUGCAGCGUGAGAAAAUAUGUGGCACCGAUGUGGACAACAGCACCGAAGAGAGCGACGAUGAGACUAUCGACCAUACCUUGGUCAACCUGAAGCAGCCGCGUGGAUGUCGACCGCCACUCACGGCAGCCUGCUGUUGUCACGUGUGCUACGUGUGCCAGUUCCUCAUUUUUAUGGUGAUCUUUCCAUUGUGGACCAAGUGGUUAGUAACGAAUCCGAUGCCCACGCAGUACUGGCACGAGCAAUACCCGAAGUGGCCCUCCAUUGCGGCCGUGGGGGGUCAGAAGCUGGCAGAGCAAAGUCCCGUAACCUGGCUCAAGGGGGUCAAAUAUCCCAUUGAGAUGUCUCCGAUUCCGCCGCUCUCCUGCACGGUCACCGGCUACGUCCACACGGUGUACCCCGUGUUGCUGGCUUCGGCGGACUUCAACGACUGGUGGGUGGUGGCGGAUCGGCGCCACGCCUAUCCGCAGCCCUUCUGGAGGGCAAGGACCUCCGAGGCAGGCCACGCUUACACCUAUACCACGGACAGCUGCAUUGUGCCUCCAGCCACACCAGAUGCCAUCAGUGAAACAACCUCUGGCCAGUUUGUGUUGGCCUGCGUGGUGUGGAGCCCCACCAGUUUUUCCGAGCUCGAGCAGAUGACUGAGCUGGAAGACUCGGAUUUGGGCACCCAUUGUCACUCUGCAGGUGGUGUUUGCGGAUGGACUUGUGACUCAGUGAUCAACUCUGACCUGCUCGAGGGUUGUACCGCGGACAGCACCAUUGAGAUGACCAAGACCUCCAUUGCCGGCAGGGAGAUUCCCUCUGCCAACUUCCAAGGGUCCAUUGAGAUGAGGGAGUGCUUGAAAGGCGGUUUGGAUGGAAAAUGUGACACGGCCACCGAAAAGUUCAAGCAGUGGAAUUACCACAAGUGUUUGUAUGACCCCCGCACCGAAGAUGACAUGAGGCGCAGGCUGCAGAUUCCUGGCAUGGGAGGCUUGCCAUCGGGAUUGCCAGGCUUGGAUCCAGAUCCAGAUGCUCCCGCGGGCAUUCCAGGCAUUGGGGACAUACCAGGUCUUGGUCCCGACAGCAGUGGCAGUGCUGCUGGGAAAGGCCCUAUGAUCUACACAUCUCUUCCCCGCUUCCAUGUGACCGUGAGUGGUGCUGGUGCUCCUGCCGGAACUGAUGUUUUCAGCCAACCGCGUGUUUUCAUCCUGCAGUCCUCCCGGGACAACCGUGGCAAAUGGACCAAGCUCUACAAGCACAACUACGGCAUGACCCAACCUCCAGAGGCAGUUGGUAAGGACAACAAACCAUUGGUCAAGGAAGAUCCCGACUCCUAUGAUGAGGAGCUGGCCCCCGUCACGGACCCAGCUUCAGCUCAUGCCAUGAAUCUCAAUCAGCAGAACCGUUUGGAGAUUGAUCCUGGCUGGUGCUAUGGCCGUCAGGGUCCUAUGUACUUGGUGGCGUGUGCUGUGAACAGCACCCUCUAUGAGGGAUCCUUCAGUCGAUUUGAGGCUGGUCAGCAGGCAGCACCACCGCCCUUCAACGAUCGAUGCGUGGCCGUCUCGGGAAGAUGUGCUUUUGCCUGUCAGUCAGAGCAGCGACCAAUGGCAAAUUGCACCGAAGAUGGCUACAUCAACCAGACCGCUUUGGUUGGCUUUGUUGACUAUGAAAAGAACCAGACUGCGCCGGUGUGGCUCUUUUGCUAUGUCUUGCUGAUCGGUUUCGGUGUCAAAGCUGUCAUGCUUUGUCCAGGAGUGUUCACUCCAUACCCUCACUUCCGAAGAUAUGAUCCUGAGCUCACCGCAAACCUGCGCUACAUCACAGUUUGUAUCCCCAGUGCGGGAGAGAACAAGUGUGUGGUGCUGCGAAAUGUGGUCGGAGCCAUUGGUUGCAUGCCAAAGGAUUGCCGUUGCCGCUAUCAUGUGACCUUCGUUGACGAGGGUCACCGAAACGAGCAGAAGAUGAUGUUCAUGAAGUUGGCGGCUGUCAUUGAUCGCAUCCCAAACUUUGGUGGUGUGACUUAUGAGGAGAACGUCAGCAAGUUUUUCCAAACAUGGGUGGAGGAGACGAAGAAGAUGGAUUUGGCCAAAGUGAAAGAUGGUGCCAAGGGCGAGGAUGUUGAGCCACAGUACAUGUUCAGAAUGUGCGGCAAGAGCUCCUUGAAGAAACUCCGCACGGAAGGCGGCUGGGGCUCCAUGCCUCCUGCCUCCAUUGAGCCUUUGGAGCAGGCCCUGACGGUGUUGGAGGAGGAUCUGAAGAGCAAAAAGGAGGAGAAGAAGGACAUGCACCGUGAUGACGUUGCUGACUGGGAACCCAAAGAUCGGAACAGCUUGGCCCUGCGAAUGCACUACCUGGCCCGAGCCAAACCCAUUGAAGAUGAGAGAACCAUCAAGGCCCAGCAUGUUGCUCCAGGAACUUGGUACUAUAAGGUCCCAGUGAAUGCGGAGAACAAGGAUUGGCUGAAACUUCGUUCAAAUGCUAAGGAGAUGGUGUACGGCAUGGAGGAUGAUGACGCCUUCAUGAACAACGUUCCUCUCAGAACCAGUCGCGGCAAAGCAGGAGGAUUGAAUUUCUCCGAGAACUAUUUGUGCUUGUACGCCGACAGGCCUGAGAACAUGUACAACAAUGAGCGGGACAACUACCCUUGCCUCUACAGCAUUUGCGAUGCUCGUCAUCAGUUCCAGACCGAUUUCUUCCACACCACGAUCCCCUACUUCUUUGACGAUGACAUGGAGCUGAACCCUUAUGUUGGCUUCACUCAGUGCCCGCAGUUCUUCCACGAGAUGCAGGACAAGUUGGAUUACCUGGAUAACAACAACGCCCAAUUCUUCCGCUUGAAUUGCAUGAUUCGAAAUUGCUGCGGAGGUGUGAGUUCUUGUGGAACAAAUGGCACAUGGAUGAUUCGUCACCCUCCUGGAGAUUUGGUGUGGGAGAAAGAGAGGAGGCGCGUCCGUGACGUGGAGAGCAAGCGCAAGAGUCAGGAGUAUGUCGAACGCCGAACAUUCCAUGAAAGCUGCAAGGUGGAAGACACUGCCAGUAGUCUUCAGCAAGUCCUUCGAGGCAGGCGAUCCCAAUUCAUCAAUCGCCGUUUGUCCUUCGGCAUGGCCAAGAAUCCUGUGGAUUACUUGGCUGCCGUGCAGCGAUGGGCUGAGGGAGGUGUGGUGUUGUCCUUGCAGACCUUCUUCAGCUGCCACAAAGGUGUCUACAUGGUGUGGUUCACCCUGAUCUUCUUCUUUUUCUUCUUGGCAUCCCUCUUCCGCAUGAUCGGCAAGACGGACCCGACUUGGGCGGUGGUGAGGUGGGGCAUUGUGGAUCAGGAAUGGUAUGAUCAGACGAUCAACCCAGUGGUGGAGAAGUUGAAGACUUUCGCAUUGGUGGCGAAGAGUGAGUACUUUAAGCAAAAUCCUGAGCUUUUGGAGACGUACCUGACCAUGACGCUCCAAUUCAUCAGCUGGGUGUUGUCGUUAGUUCUCUUCCUGGCCCUGGUGUUCCUCUUCACGGAGUUGUUGAAGCUGGUCCAGAGAGUGUGCGGAUUGAAAUUGCCCGUGAUCUGGCCAGACGAGAUGCGAUGGUGGGGCCGUUUGUUGAUCUCCAUGGAUAACUUGACCUACUUCUUGUGGUUUUGGACGGCGUUCUUCUGGAUUGGUUUCAACUACUACAGUAUCUUCGCGAAGCGGACUUACCACUUCUCAUCCACAGGAAUGUUUUCCUUCAUGCUGAUUGUGCAGAUCUUGAGCUGGGGCAUGAUCAUUGCGUCAUCCUUGCGCUACACACUAUCAACCAGUAUGGAGGCCAACGAAGUGAUUGGGCUGUCCAUGGAUAACAUUUGGUGA